AUGGAAGGAGAAGGUUAUUACACAAACAUGAUGAAUGAGACUGAGGACAACAGUCCUAUGGUUUUGUCUAGUUUCAGUAGCCCUCCUGCAGUGCAGCAAGCACCCAGCAUGAGCAAUAAUACUGCCACUGCCACUGCCACUGCCACCAUAAGGCCAAACCAGAAGAGAUCAAAAAAUUUUAGUGAGGAGGAAGAUAAACUACUAGUAUCAUCAUGGUUAAAUGUAAGUAUUGAUCCAGUGCGUGGUGCGAACCAAACUCGCGGUGCAUUUUGGAAGCGAGUAUCUGAUUUUUUUCAUUCAAACAAGGAAAGCCCCUCCGACCGUAGCCAAAGUUCACUUGUGCACCGUUGGUCAACUAUUCAAGAAUGUGUCAAUAAGUUCUGUGCAUGUCUAAUCCAAAUUGAGGUUAGAAAGCAAAGUGGUGUGAUUGUACAUGACAAGCUUAUGGCCGCAUGCGCUUUGUACAAGUCAGAAGAUAAAGAGAAUAAGUCAUUUCAGUUCAUGCAUUGCUGGAACCUCCUACGAACACAACCGAAGUGGCAUGACAGGAUGAAGGAGUUAUCCGGUCAGAAGAAUUCACACAAAAAGCAGAAGACAACAGGAGAUUCAAGUCUUGGGAUAGAACCUUUGGUGAAUGGAAACAUUGUCAAUCAUGCUGGAGGUGAGAUGAGACUCAUGAGAGUGAUGUAG